AUGUUUUACCCUCACCCCGAACCUUCACACUCUGAACUUGCCAUACGACCCACAUCGAAUGUCUUUGUGGACGUGAGUGACGUGGCCAUUGCCCUUCCGCUUUCUCCUCAGUAUUCAUUAAAGUCAUCGAUCUUGGACAAUCAAUCAACUACUAUCACUCGAAUGCACGGAGAUGACGCAUACAUCAAGCGCGGCUGCGGAACAGCCGAAAGGAAACGAGAGCGUUGGAUUGGACAUCGAGCGGACUUAUGGGUUAGCGCGACCAAUCGCGCCAACAGCUCGCGAUAUGGCACUCAGUAUUGGAGGGAAUAA